ACCAGCCUCUCUUUUUACCACGAUAUUUUCAUUUCCCAGGCCCGAGAUAUUCCUCUCUCUUUCUCUCUCUCUCUGUAAAACCAUUUUAUAUUCCUUUCUCUCUCUAGAAUUGGAUUCCAUUCCACUAUCCUCUGGAAAAAAAAAUGGCCUUGAGAAUCGCUUCCAAAGGUUAAAGCUUUGCAAAACCCUAGCCCUGUUGGUGGAGUUUGGUUUUCCCGAGAAAAAUAUUUUCCCGGAAAUGGGAACGGUUGAGACCAAGUCUAAAACCCUAAUAGCUGAACCAGCUAAACCUCAAGUCCAUAAAGAGAAAGACUUUGAAUUGGGUAUUGAUGGUUCGGCCGGUUCUGGGGCAGGUUCAGAGGGGGCACAAGAAAAUGGGAAUAGGGUUUCUGUAAAUGGAAAGGAGGGUUUGGAUGGUGAUUUGGGAGGUGGGUUUGUUGAGGGAGUUAAGAAUCAGGUAGUUGGGACCGAUAUUUCGGUAGAGGAGGGUUUGGGAGGCCGAGAUUUUGAUGUUUUGGGUGGAGGGGAGAAAGAUGGGCUCGAGGAUUGUGAGAUGAAGGGAGUAACUUCUUUGUUGAAAAUGAGAGAAAGUGUGAAGGUAGUUGAGGUUCAAGAUGGUGGUGAGAGUGAGAGUUUCAAAAAGUUGGAAACUUUAGGCGUUGAGGAAAUGGCCAGUGGUGUUGAUGGGGUGUCGCGUGUUGUAGAUAUAGGCGGGGGAGUGUCGAAUAAAGGUGUGGAAGAGAGGGGGCAUUUGGGAGAGGAAUUUGUGGUUGAGGAUAAUGGUGGUGGUUUGAGCGAAAAUGGGCAAGACCCAGAUGGGGAAAUUGGGAUUGUUGAGGUUCCAAUUGAGGAUAUGUUUGUGAACAAUGAGAUGGAAGAAGAGGAGGGUGUGGUUGAUGAAGGGCAUGAGUUUUCUGUGGGUGAUUUUGUGUGGGGUAAGAUUAGGAGUCACCCUUGGUGGCCAGGCCAGGUAUAUGAUCCUUCAGAUGCUUCAGAUUAUGCAGCGAAGUUGAAGGUGAAAGACCGGUUGCUUGUGGCAUACUUUGGAGAUGGCACGUUUGCUUGGUGCCAACCCUCUCAGUUGAAGCCUUUUGAGGAGAAUUUUGAAGAGAUGUCACGGCAGAGUAACUCAAAGACCUUUGUUUAUGCUGUGCAUAAGGCUGUGGAUGAGAUUAGUAGGCUUUUAGAGCUAGAGAUGACUUGUUCUUGUGUAACAAAAGAGAACGGAGAUGGACUUGAUAGACCAUUGGCAGUGAAUGCUGGAAUCAAGGAUGGAGUCAAUGUGCCAGAAGGUGGAAUUGGGAAGCUUUCAAACAUUAUGACUGAGCCAGUGGAUCUUCUUGGUGAAGUGAAACAAAUUGCGCAGAAUAUUUCCUUUCCCAGCACACUUGGGCUUUGGGUGUUAAAGAGCCGGCUGGCAGCUUUUUAUCGUGCAAAGGGGGGUUAUCCCUUGCCUUUGUUUCAUGAGCUACAACCAAUUCCCGGCCUUGAAGACGAUUUGAAUUAUGGGGCAGCAGGCAUAAGUAAUACAGUGGAAGUCCCAAUCCAAGGGCCAUUUGCUGAAGAGUGGCUUUCUUCACCAAUAAGUCCUAAAUUUGGCCAAACUGGUCCAACCACGUUGCAGAAGUGCCUAGGGAAUUCAGAUGAUAGACUACAUCAAAGAAGGAAGCAAAAAAGUAUUGCUGAAAUUAUGGAAGGGAACAACGAUGUUACAGCAAAAGGCAAGGAUGGAGAUGUGGCUGAAGAAGAGACAACCACAGGCAAAUUGGCAACAUCAUCUGCGAGGAAGAAAAGGAAAGGCAUUGAUGAAACUGAUGCUCAUCUAGGCAAUGAGGCAACUUCUGUAACAAGGACUAAGAGAAAGGCAAGGAUGUUGGGGUCUCCAUUAAGUACUAAUAGCAAAGUUUCUAGUGUAAAAAAUGAUGGCAUUGGUGGCAAGGAAGAAACGAAGAAGAGCCCUUCGUCUAGAAGGAGCAAGAAGAAUGUAGAUGUCAGCAUUGAAAAUGAUGGUGUUGGUGAGGCCAAAGGAAAAAUUGAGAAGGGCUCUUUGUCAAGGGAAAGGAAGAAGAGCAAGUACUUGUCCCCUCCCUUCACAAGUCUAAUUGGGGUGCAAAAGAAGAAAGACAUAGAAGCAGAGUCCUGUAAAGUUUCUAAUGAAGCUGAAUUAGGGGAGCAGAUUACCACUGCUGCUGGCCACCUUGCUGGGUCCCCUCCAAUUCUGAAGCGUAGUCGUGACAAAUUGCAGAAGAAAAUCUCCCCAGAACUUGGGCUGGGGCAUGAGCCUUCUAAUAUCUCAAGUCCUCAAACACCAAAACAAGAUUUGAUCCCAGUCAUUGAUCCGAUGAAAGUUAAGGCACCCACUAAUCAAGUUCUCACUCAAGUUCGCUGUGCUGCUCUUAAUCCCACAAUGGAAAACAAAUCCCUUGAAAUGAUGGGCAACUUUAUGUCCAUACUCAGAAGUUCAGUCUAUCGUGAUGGAUCAAAUUACAAAGCGUACAACAAGCGUCAAACUGGUAGAAAGAGAAAGAAUAUAGACACUGGGCCUGGGUCAUUGGGUAAAGACCAAAAUCAUACUGACCACAAAUCACCUGGACAUGAAUCCAAGCGGAGGAAGAUCAAUAAGAACAAGGAACCGGAGUCAAAUCAGGCUAAACCAAAGAAAUCUGCUGAAAUACCAGAUGCAAAGCUUAAAAAGCCUAAGUCAAAGCAAGCUGCUGGAAAAUCCAAAAUGAAGACCAGUGUUAAGGAGAAUGAGGGGGAAGCUUCUGCUGUAGCAGCGCUUUUUGCGACAUUUGGACCAGGAUCCUGCUUGCCCACUAAAGCUGAUCUUCUCAAAAUUUACAGUAAGUUUGGCGCGCUAAAUGAAGCGGAAACGGAUAUGUUCUACAACAGUUUCUGUGCUCGGAUUGCCUUUAUUAGGAGCUCUGAUGCAGAAGCAGCCUUAAAUCAGUCACUACAAAGUAACCCUUUUAAAUCUGCCUACGUCACUUUCCGACUCCUAUAUCCAAAACCUGGAUCGAAGACUCGUGAAAUAAGAGAGAUCCCACCACCAAACGCUGUUUCUGUACCCAGUGUCCAAGGCAAGACGCAAGAGAAGUCUUCUGAUUCACAGCCAUUACAACUUGACUACCUGAAGCAGAAACUUGAGAUGAUGAACUCAAUGCUGGAAAACUCAGGUGGUAAGGUGUCGCCCGAUACGAAAGGCAAAUUGGAGAGUGAAAUAAAAGGCCUAUUGGAGAAGUUGAGCACUGAGCCAGGAUCUUCCUCAUCUUAGAUCAGAGAAUAUGAGAAACUGAGCAAUUUGGUUCCACACACACAGUUUUACAGCACAUAGCUAUGAUCCAUGUCUAGGUUUAGAAAUGUAUUAUGUUACUUUCUUUUGCGGAUGCUUGCAGAGGAUGUAAAGAGUUAAUUCUCUCACUGUUGUUUCUGUGAGUAGGUAUUAACUUGAUAUAGUUGGGUUGGUCUUAUUAGCAUUUAAGUAAACUAGUUGCAUAUGCUCAUCAGUAUAGAGAUUAUCACCUUUUAGUC